GGACACCUGGGUUCUCGGGGCUGAGCUGGAGUGCGGAGUGGGGUGGACGCCUGGGCUCCCUGGAAGGGGGGGCUGGGAGCCGGACGCCUGGGUGGGGGGGGCGGACGCCCGGGGGGGCGGGGGGCCGGGGGCCGGAGGCCUGGGCUCCCUGGAAGGGAGGUGCCUGGGGUGCCCCGGACGCCUGUGUCCUAGGGGCGGCGCUGUCCCCGGUGCUGCCGCCGUCCGUCUCCGCUUCCUUCCGCCGAGAAGCGAAACCUCCGGCACCGCCUCCGCCUCCGCCUCCGCCCGGGCCCAUUAGCUGCUCGGGGCCGAGACGCGCAGCCGCGGGGCCGGGACACGGGACACGGCCGCGGGGACACACGGCCUCGGGAGCGGCCCUGGCGAAGGCCCCCACCAUGGCGCAGCCACCCACUGCAGAUGUUGCGGAGCUGGCUGAAGUCUCAGUGCUGGUGCUGGGGGUGCCAGGCUGCGGCAAGACAGCAUUGAUCAAUGCAGCGCGGGGACUGGCACCCACUGACCCCCAUGCUGCCCCUCUGGAGGUCCCACCUGCCCCGGGGCCCCCUGAGCUGCACCCCGACCCCACGCAGCCCAGCCUGCUGCUGUGGGAGCGGGCACUGGUGCCGGGUGCCGAGGCCUGGCUGGCUGAGGCCGAUGUGGUGGUGGUGGCCAGUGCCGCGCUCUUUGGGCCGCAGGAGGUGGCAGUGGCUGCAGCAGCACGGGAGGCCGGGAAGACCGUGAUCUUUGUACGCACCCAGGCGGACCUGGCACUGCACACACUACGGCGCCUGCUGGGUGGUGGGUGUGAGGCCCGUGAGGCUGCACUGGGAGCCUUGCGGCAGGCCUGCACCCACGCCCUGCACAGCCUGGGGGUCCCUGCAUCCCCUGCGCUCUUCCUCAUCUGCAGCCUCCAGCCCCAUGGCCUGGACACGCCGCAGCUGCGUGCCACCUUGCUCGACGAGGCCCAGCACUGCCAGAGGCUGCUGCGCCGGGUGCUGUGUGACUUUGAGGUGAUUGGGGUGCGGGAAGCGGCUGAGCUCCAAGAGGCCUUUGAACUGGGUGGGCUGGAAGCUGUGGUGGCAUGGCUAGAGCGGGGGCUGGCAGCGCAUUGGGCCACGCGGCUGGCCAUAGCUGUGGUGGGGCCACCAGGUACCAGCACACAGCCCCUGCUCAAUGUGCUGCGCGGCUUGGCUGAUGAUGACCCCCAGGCCGCCCCUGCUGGCACCCCAGUGCCACAGCCCACGGCCUACCCCUGCCCUGCGCAGCCCGGUGUGGUGCUCUGGGACCUGCCCACGUCCGCACCGGACACCCUUACCACCUACGACAUCAUCCUCAUCCUUGCCACUGCGGCCUUUGGCAACAGCCACAUGGAGCUGGGCCGUGUCGCGGGCAAGCAUGGCUACUUCAUCCGUGCUGCAGAGGUGCUGGAGGAGGAGGAGGCUGCAGCACUGCGCCAGGCGAGCCAGGAGGAGCUGGCGGCCCUGGGGCUGCCAGAUGCUCUUGUCUUCGUGCUCAGCACUCGACGGCCAGAGCGCUAUGACUUUGCAGCCUUAUGGGAGGCACUGGUACGAGCCCUGCCGGAGGAGCAGGCCCGGGCACUGACGCUGGCCUUACCCCCACUAACACCAGCGCUGGUGGAAGCCAAACGCCGGGCACUGCAUGCUGAGGCCUGGAAGGUGGCGCUGGCAGCCAGCCUGGCAGCUGCCGUGCCUGUGCCCGGGCUGGCACUGAGCUGCGAUGUGCCACUGGUGCUGGAUGCCCUGACCACAUACCGCCAUGCCCUGGGGCUGCAUGCCGCUGGGCUGGCGGGGCUGGCGGCACGCAGUGGGACAACAUUGUCGGUGCUGCGGGCCGCUGUGCUCAGUGCGCCAGGCCGGGGUCUGAGCCGUGAGCUGGUGCAGGGGCUGCUGGGCCGGGCAGCUGGCGGGGCACUGGGUGGGCUGGCGCUUGAGCUGCUGGUGCACCGCCUGCCCUUCUGUGGUGCACUGGCGGCUGGAGGCCUGACCUUUCGCUGUACCCAUGCGCUGCUGGGCCACUGCAUCGAGGAGCUGGCUGAGGAUGCCCACCGUGUGCUAUGCCGGGCCUUCGGGGAGCCCCUGCCCACUGAACCCUGUCCAGGCCAGGGUUAGGCCUAGAUUGGGACUCCCUAGAGGGAGAAUCCCCCACUACUGACCAGGAUUGGCAUCCCCUCACUUCACCACCCCCACCUUCCCCAGGAUCAGGUCCAGAUCGAGACCCCUAGAAAGGAGAGACCUCCAUCUACUUCAUUCCCCCCUGUGCCCAGGAUCAGGUCUGGAUUGGGACCCCCUAGAUGGGAAAGACCCCAACUUCAUUUCCCACUUCCUGUCAUGCCCAGGAUUGGGUCUGAAUCGGGAUCUCCUAGAAGGGAGAGACCCCCGCACAACUCCACCCCCUGCCCCAGCCAGAGCCCUCAGGAUCCGGCCUGGAUUGGGACCCCCUAGAGAUGAGAGACCCCCACUCCCUGCCUUAUUUCUGCCACUGCCCCCACCUUACCCAGGAUCGGGUCUGGAUCGGGGCCCCUAGAGGGAGAGACCCCCCCCAACUGCUUCAUUGCCCCCCACCCGCCGCCCUCCACCGUGCCCAGGAUCGGGUCUGGAUCGGGACUUCCCAUGAUUAAUAAAACACAUGUUUUAAUUGC